GUUUCCGUCAGAUCUCACAGAGCAAAGUGGCGGUGCUGCUCCUGGCUGGAGGGCAAGGGACCCGCCUGGGCGUGGCCUAUCCCAAGGGGAUGUACAGCGUGGGGCUGCCCAGUGGUAAGACCCUGUAUCAGAUCCAGGCAGAAAGAAUCCGCAAACUGGAGCAGCUUGCCGGCAAGAAAUACGGCACGACAUGUACCAUCCCAUGGUACAUCAUGACAAGCGAGUUUACACUGGGGCCAACAGAGACGUUCUUCAUAGAACACGAUUACUUUGACCUGGAUAAGACCAAUGUGAUCAUGUUUGAGCAGAGGAUGCUGCCAGCUGUAACGUUUGAUGGGAAAGCCAUCUUGGAACAGAAGGGGAAAGUUGCCAUGGCACCAGAUGGCAAUGGCGGCUUAUAUCGUGCUCUAGUGGACAACAAGAUCUUGGAAGACAUGGAGCGGCGCGGUAUCCAGUAUAUCCAUGUGUACUGUGUGGACAAUAUCCUCGUCAAAAUGGCUGAUCCCGUCUUCAUCGGCUUCUGCGUGUCUAAAGGGGCAGACUGCGGUGCUAAGGUGGUGGAGAAGGCCUAUCCCACAGAGCCUGUCGGGAUAGUGUGCCGUGUGGACGGGGUCUAUCAGGUGGUGGAAUACAGCGAGAUCAGCCUAGAGACCGCCCAGAUGCGGAGUCCCGAUGGGCGGCUGGUGUACAGUGCCGGCAAUAUCUGCAAUCACUUCUUCACGCUCGGCUUCCUCGAGACAGUGGCACAGAAAUUUGAGCCCCAGCUGAAGCAGCAUGUAGCCAUAAAGAAGGUGCCCUACGUCGACGAGGAGGGAAAUCUGGUAAAGCCGCUAAAGCCAAACGGGAUAAAGCUGGAGAAGUUUGUGUUUGAUGUGUUCCAGUUCUCUAAGAAUUUUGUUGCAUUUGAAGUUUUGAGGGAAGAGGAGUUCUCCCCGUUAAAAAAUGCAGACACAGCCGACACAGACACUCCGACCGCAGCUCGGCGGUCCCUCCUUUCUCAGCAUUACCGCUGGGCUCUGAAGGCUGGAGCCAGAUUCCUGGAUGAAAAUGGCAGCAGGAUACCAGAGAAACUCAAUUUAUCGGGAACUGAAGAUCCUCCUGCUGUGUGUGAGAUUUCUCCAUUAGUGUCUUAUUUUGGAGAGGGUCUGGAGGCACACAUGAAGAGCAAAGACUUCUAUUCGCCCUUUAUACUUGAUGAAAGCAAAAUAGAAAUGCUAGAAGAUGCUUGAAUGAAGAAAAAAUAAAAAUCUGGCCAUCAGCUCUAUGCUGGGAACAGACACUGCUAAACCAUUGGCUUUGUUAUUAAUGAUAGAGAUAAUUGAUUGGGUAGCAAUUAAGCUGACAAAUAUAUAGAGACAUACUCUAAUUCUGUUUGCUAACUUUGAAGGCAGCAUCUUUACCUCAGCAUACGUGUAGGUUCAGGUAUGAAUGAAGUUAUAUUUGUGCUCUCAAUUACAAACAGAUUUUAUUUGUGCAUUUGAGCCUUUUCCUUUUAUUUUAGAAGAGCCAUUGGGACCAAAUCCAUCUGCUUUGCAGUUUAACGGGUCUAAUUCUCCUCUCACUACUUCUUAUUCCCACUGACAUUAUUGGGAGUUGUGUGUGAAUAUGAAGAUUAAUCUGACGCCCAAUUCUGUAAAGGCUGAUCACGCUCAAGUCCCAUUCCACCUUGCAGGAUUGGGCCCUUUCUCCUGAAUAUCUGGUGGUGGUAGUUGUUUUUUACGUAAUCCUGCAAAGAUCCCAAUUCUGCAAUCGUUACUGAUGAACGGUGCUCACUUAAGGAGCCCAAAUGCACAGAAUUGGGGCUUACUUCAUUGGGGCUCUUGGUGUGAAGAAGUGUUCCUUAACAAAAGGGUUGCAGAAUUGGGAAUAAAAGGCUUGCAUGUCCAGGAGUCACCUCACCAACAAAAUAUGAAGGAGAUAUGCAGGUUAGAGGGAUUCUACCUGGCACAGUGCUACAUUUUAAGGUGUGAUCUAGUCUUUAAAAAUCAGUAUAAAAAUGUUUUUACAACAUCCUUCCACUUCUUUUGUCCUGAGGUGAACUUUUUUCCAUUUUGCUUUAUAGCAUAUCUCUAAUGUUUGGACUUUAUCUAAGUGCCUUAAAACAAUAAUUGGAACAAAUCCAGGUGGUAGAGAAAACUGUUAAAUCCAAAGAGCAAGAACUAUUUACUCCCAGCAUAAACUAUGUAAGCAAUAAAACAGCAAUAAUAUGCCUUCACAACCGAGUGGAAGGGUACGUGUCCAGUACUCCUGCCUCCCUUGAAGUGUUGUAUUACUCUGUCAUAACUUCCUUCUUAAAGUUAUCUUUAAAUAACGUUUAGUGAAAAGUGCAAGAUUGAGAACCUGGGUUAACAGAGCAUGGGUAGCAAACUGCACCUCAAUCUUGACCUAGAAGAACCACCUGUAAGGAUGGGGUGGAAGUGCCUUCUCCUUGGACGCUGCAGUCUUUGACACUGUUGUGCUUUGUGAUGUGGAAUACUAAUCCACUGAAAUCUGCACUGAGAUCACCAAAGUCAUUUCAUAGUUAUAAAAAUAUACUGAGAGUCUAUUGACCAAAUACUGCAUUUGCAGAUGCAGUUCUACAGGUAUCUUCACGGUCAGAAACUUGUCACCCAAAGUCCUUUCUCCCCACCCCCAAUAACAGCCAUUUUAUAAAGCUAAAGAAAGCAAUUGGGGAAUAUAUUUAAUUUGGAUUCUGA